AUGUCUCUAAGGGACGAGCUGAGCGCGAUAGAGUCACCGCCAUUCUCUGAAUCGGAAGAAUCAGAGUCGGACGAGCAGUCAGAGGACGGAACUUCCGAGUCAGAGGAUGGGAAGUACGGCCUAGGAGGCCAGAUUAAAGAGAUCAUCCAGGCGCUGAACGACAUCCGGUCCCAAUUGGCCGAGCAGAAUAAGUACCUGGAUGUGCUCACGGAGAAAUACAUCGCCAGGCCGGCGCAGAUCACCUUCACAGAGGACGAAUGGGACACGGAGACUGAUGAGGAGAUGUGGGAGGAUACUCUCGAGCCUAUUGAGGAGCACGAGCUACAAGCUCUCGACGAGGUCAAUGUCGCUUCAGCGCGAGAAUGGACGAAAGAAGCCAGACUGGCCGAGGCUGGCAGUGCGCAACAUCGCUAUAUCCUGGGCUUCACAGUCGCUACUGUGUUCUAUCUCCCAAUGGGUCUCAUCACUUCCUUCUUCGGCAUGCAUUUAUUCAAAUCAGAUGUCACCAUGGAGACAUCACAAACAUCUUUCAUCCCCGUCUUCCUCAUCUUGUCUCUGACGACGUAUGUCUUCGCGGCAUGCGCACUCUGGCUGGUCCGAGACGGAGACAAGAUCAAGAAGAUGCUCAACUCUUGGAGCCCGACAGACACCGGCCAAACAAGCCAGAGACCCUCGAAUCUCAGACUUCCAAACCUGAUGCGAAGACGGAAAGCAUGGGAGGCUGCCCUGUAA